AUGGACGUCAAUCAGCAAAGUUUUAGUACAUUUUCAAAUAAAUGGAGGAAAUUCUUGAAGUGCGUGGCGGAGAACAUCUUUGUGUUAUCUAACCUGACAGCUGUUGCUCUGGGGAUUGUUGUCGGUGUGGUUAUUAAAAACUUCAACCUGACUGAGGAUCAGCUAAAGCGUGUGGGCUUCCCAGGUGAGAUUCUGAUGAGGAUGCUGCAGUUGGUGACGGUUCCUCUCAUCGUGACGAGCGUGAUCACAGGAGUCACUGGUCUCAGCAUCAACACCUCCAGAAAGAUCGCAGUUCGAGCGGGAGUUUACUUUAUCUCAACAACUCUGAAAGCUGUGACCGUCGGACUGAUCCUGGUGCUGAUCAUGAAGCCAGGGUGGGGCUCGCAUGCUGUUGUUGCAAGUGACUCUGAGGAAGAUGAAGAGUUUUCCACGAUUGACGCCUUGUUGGAUCUGUUCAGGAACAUGGUGCCAAAGAAUCUGCUUCGGGCUUGUUUCCAACAGAACGACACCACCGUUGUUCUGGAGGGUCAUUUUGUUGGUGGAGUCAACACGCUGGGCCUCAUCAUCGUCUCCUUUGUGAGCGGACUGACCUUCAACUCGAUGGGAGAACGAGCAAACAUGUUAAAAGAGGUUGCCCUCGUCAUCAAUGACGUCACCAAGUCUAUGGUCAAUAAAAUUCUUUGGUUCCUGCCAUUUGGGGUCCUCUUCAUGAUCGCAGAGCACGUUGUUGAAGUUCGUGACUGGCAAACGAUCCUGAAACUGGGAAAAUUCAUGGCUGUCGUCAUCACUGGGCUCAUUGUUCAUUCAGUAGUAGUCCUGCCACUGAUCUACCUCGUGUGCGUGAGGCGUAACCCCUUCAAAAUCAUCCGUGGGGUGUCUCCUGCGCUGCUGACGGCGGUCCUCAUCUCCUCCAGUUCUGCCACGUUCCCGCUCACUUUACGCUGCUGCUUGGAGAGGAACAAGAUCGACCACAGGAUCGCCCGCUUCAUGCUGCCGAUCGGCACCAACGUCAACAUGGACGGAACCGCCCUGUACGAGGCGGUCGCCGCCGUUUUCAUCGCGCAGUUCAACAGCAUCCGCCUGAACUUGUCCCAGAUAAUCACCAUCGGCGUGACGGCAACGGUUACCAGCAUCGGCGCCGCAGGGAUCCCAGCGACCGGAGCCGUGACGACGCUCUUCGUCCUGACCGCCGUGGGUCUGCCUGUGAAAGAAGCCUCCCUCCUGGUGGUGGUGGAGUGGCUGCUGGACCGCUGCAACACCGUCGUGAACGUGCUGGGAAACUGCAUCGGCGUCGCUCUCAUCCACAUCAUUUCAAAACGAGAACUGGAAGAAAUGGACCGCCGAGAGCCGGCGAGAGCAAGCAUGGGAGGCGAGGAGGUCGAGGGACAAGAAGUCGAGGGACAAGAAGUCGAGGGACAAGAAGAUGAGGGACAAGAAGUCGAGGGACAAGAAGUCGAGGGACAAGAAGUCGAGGGACAAGAAGUCGAGGGACAAGAAGUCGAGGGACAAGAAGACGAGGGACAAGAAGUCGAGGGACAAGAAGUCGAGGGACAAGAAGAUGAGGGACAAGAAGUCGAGGGACAAGAAGAUGAGGGACAAGAAGAUGAGGACAUCUUUUAUUCUAUGGAGGAAAUCUGGCCCAGCGCUUCAUCUUGGCUCUAG